CACACCCGGAGCAGCAGCGGGACGGAGCUGAGCAGUGAGCCCGGAGAGGAGGACUGAUGACCGUCAGACGAUGGGACGUCACGUGUUUCUGAAAAAACUGUGUUAACUGAAGGAAACUUAAGGGUCUCUGGCAGCUGGACGAGCCAACAAAUCAGAUUCACUGCAGGUAAACUCAGACAGGUUGCUGAAGGGUCAGAGGUCAUCAUGCAGAGUAUAAAGUGUGUGGUUGUGGGCGACGGUGCUGUGGGGAAGACCUGCCUCCUCAUCUCCUACACCACCGGAGCUUUCCCCAAAGAGUACAUCCCCACGGUGUUCGACAACUACAGCAGCCAGGUGACGGUGGACGGCAGGAUCAUCAGUCUGAACCUGUGGGACACGGCGGGUCAGGAGGAGUACGACCGGCUGAGGACGCUGUCCUACCCGCAGACCAACGUCUUCAUCAUCUGCUUCUCCAUCUCAAGCCCCGCCUCCUACGAGAACGUCAAACACAAGUGGCAUCCAGAGGUUUCUCACCAUUGUCCCGGCGUUCCCAUCCUCCUGGUCGGCACAAAGAGCGACCUCCGGAACGACGGCGAGACUCAGAGGAAGCUGAAGGAGCAGAACCAGACGCCCGUCACCCACCAGCAAGGCGCCGCCCUCGCUCGUCAGAUCCACGCCGUCCGCUACAUGGAGUGUUCGGCCCUCAACCAGGAUGGCAUAAAGGACGUGUUCGCCGAGGCCGUGAGGUCCUUCCUGAACCCGCAGCCCACUGUCACCAAGAAGCCCUGCGUCCUGCUGUAGGACCGAGCCUCGACCCCCCUCUGGGAACCUCCCCGGGGCCGGUUUGAGUCGGGCUGAUUCAGUCGCUGAACUGCCUGAGAGACAGUUUGCAAGAUUUAUGCUAAAAUGUUGUUUUUUUAAUGUUUGGUUAGAAUUUUAUCUUUGAAGAAUUAGACAAAGGUAAUUUAAAUAUUUCUGGCAAAAGAAGAGUUUUAAUUCAGACCAUCUUCACCUUUGAUACAAAUCCAUUUUCAGUUCAAAGUUCAAUGUUUUUAUUUUGCUUUUUUAAACUUUCCCGUUCUCGAUGAAACCACAGCUCACAACUUUUUUCCAUCUUUUUCUCCCACUUCACUCUAAAAAACAAGGUUCACUUCAUCCAAUCACAGCCGCAUGCAGGAGAUGUAACAACAACAGAAAGUUAUUGUAGUAAUUGUAGUUUAAUUGGUCCGCUCGCCAACACGGUGACCGACUGCUCAGGGAGGAGAUUAAGAUCAUUUAAUACUAGGGAUGUUAAGAGAACCGAUACUUCGGUACCAAGUCGAUGCCAUAUUUCUGAAAACAUCAUGGUACUAGUUUUUCUACAGUACCGUAGGAAAAGUGCAGCUGCAGCUCCGCCGUCGUGUUGGGAAACCGGGGUGCUUAAUAUCUAACAUUGGUCAGUUUUGGCAGCUGUUACCUUCCAUAGCUCCGUGUCAAAGCCUUGAUCUCUCCCAAUGUUGGAGAACUUUUAAUUUAGGCAGACGUUUUACAGUUCUGAUCAACUCGAAAUCAUCAAAGAUGUCUGUCCGACAUGGACCAUCUUCAAAGUGCAAUACGAUCCAUUUCAACUGUCAAUAACUGUUUUUGUCUUUCAAUAUGAAUAUCUCAAGACAUUUCACACCUUAGAGUUUGUAGAAAAAAGUUAAGAAUUAAUGUAUUAAAGGAGACCUAUUAUGCUUUUCCACAUUUUAUAACUUAUCUACAGUGUUAUAAUGUUAGAUGUUCAUGUUAAACACGGCCAAAGCUUCAAAUAAUGAGGUUAAAGUAUUCAAAAGAAAUCCCUGUGAGCAAAAACCUCAGAUUUCUGUUUUGAACUGCUUUUUCUACCUUAUUUUACGACACAAAAAGUAAAGUAAGCGCACCAUAAAACGUAGUGUGCGUGUGCAGUGUGUGACAGAACCAUCGACUGUAUGAUUGAUAACAGCUGAUACGCGCACAUUAGUUUCUAUCAUUGAUAAGUAAUAGCUACUCCUGCCAGACAGUAAAGUGGACUAAACUUUACAGUGUAGUGAUGUUAACAAAGCAUGUCGUUAGUGAACACUGCAGCCGGUCAGUUUUUGGUUGUCAUGGUAAUGUAUUACGUCCGACUAUUAACCACACCCCCAUUCUCUGUUUGAGAAAGAACGGCAGUUUAAACUGGCUGGAGGGGCUUUAAAGAGA